AUGAGCUACUACAGUGGCUACUACGGAGGCCUGGGCUAUGGCUAUGGCAGCUUCGGAGGCCUGGGCUCUGGCUAUGGUUGUGGAUGUAACAGCAUCUGCAGACUGGGCUGUGGCUGUGGCUACGGAUAUGGCUCUGGCUAUGGAUACGGAUGCUGCCGCCCUUCAUGCUGUGGAAGAUAUGGGUUCUCCAGCUUCUACUGA